GUCCAUCCCAACAUGUCUGCGCCCUUGCAGCAGUGCUGAGCAGAGUCUGUCCGGAGGAUUUUUGGGAUUUUCCUGAGUUUUUCCCCCCCGACCCGCCGCCCCGCGCCGGCCUCCAGGACCGCCGGCGUGCAGCAGAACCCCGCCCCCUCCCGGUCCCCGAGCAGAGCGGCUGGUGCGCGGCGUGGCUGUGGCAGACUGUCCGUGUGAAGAUGGGCCUGGUCUGCAGCCGCUUCCCAUAGCGAAGAGCCGCGGGGAGAGCCGCAGAUUCCCCUGCAAGCACGCUCCGGUCCAGCUCGGCCUCGACGGCUUCGACAUCCUCUACCGGCUCUGGACGCUGCCCUACAACCUCCUCACCCGCAUCGUCUGCGCCACCGUGUCCGUGAUCGUCCGGAGGCGGAGAGGCUCCCCGGCCCGGGUCGAUCAUCCCCCCGCACCGAGGGCACUCAUGAAAAUGGACCCGGAGCUGCUGCACUCGCCGGCCGUGGGCCUGGCCGAGGAGGAGGAGGCCGACAUGAACGACUGGAAGCUGCCGCUGGCCUUCAUGAAGAAGAGGCACUCGGAGAAGAUCGAGGGCUCCAAGGCGCUGGCGCAGAGCUGGAGGAUGAAGGACCGGAUGAAGACGGUGAGCGUGGCGCUGGUCCUGUGUCUGAACGUGGGCGUGGACCCCCCCGACGUGGUCAAGACCUCCCCGUGCGCCCGGCUGGAGUGCUGGAUCGAUCCUCUGUCCAUGAGUCCUCAGAAGGCUCUGGAGACCAUCGGAGCCAACCUGCAGAAGCAGUACGAGAACUGGCAGCCCAGGGCGCGAUACAAACAGAGUCUGGACCCGACGGUGGACGAGGUGAAGAAGCUCUGCACAUCUCUGAGACGCAACGCCAAAGAAGAGAGAGUCCUCUUCCACUACAACGGCCACGGCGUGCCGCGGCCCACCGUCAACGGGGAGAUCUGGGUCUUCAACAAGAACUACACGCAGUACAUCCCGCUGUCCAUCUACGACCUGCAGACGUGGAUGGGGAGCCCGUCCAUCUUCGUGUACGACUGCUCCAACGCGGGAAUCAUCGUCAAGUCCUUCAAACAGUUCGCCCUGCAGAGAGAGCAGGAGCUGGAGGUGGCAGCCAUCAACCCCAGCCACCCGCUGGCCCAGAUGCCGCUGCCGCCCUCCAUGAAGAACUGCAUCCAGCUGGCGGCGUGCGAGGCCAGCGAGCUGCUGCCCAUGAACCCCGACCUGCCCGCCGACCUCUUCACCUCCUGCCUGACCACGCCCAUCAAGAUCGCCCUCCGCUGGUUCUGUAUGCAGAAGAGCGCCAAGCUGGUGCCCGGAGUGACGCUAGACCUCAUCGAGAAGAUCCCCGGCAGGCUGAACGACAGACGGACGCCUCUCGGAGAACUCAACUGGAUCUUCACCGCCAUCACAGACACCAUCGCAUGGAACGUUCUGCCUCGAGACUUGUUCCAGAAGCUGUUCCGGCAGGAUUUGCUUGUUGCCAGUUUGUUCCGUAACUUCCUGCUAGCAGAGAGAAUCAUGAGGUCGUACAACUGCACACCGGUCAGCAGCCCCCGGCUACCCCCCACGUACAUGCACGCCAUGUGGCAGGCGUGGGACCUGGCCGUGGACAUCUGCCUCUCUCAGCUGCCGACCAUCAUCGAAGAGGGAACGGCCUUCAGACACAGCCCGUUCUUCGCCGAGCAGCUGACGGCGUUCCAGGUGUGGUUGACGAUGGGCGUGGAGAACAGGAACCCCCCAGAGCAGCUGCCGAUCGUCCUGCAGGUCCUGCUGAGUCAGGUGCACCGACUGCGAGCUCUGGACCUGCUGGGCCGGUUCCUGGACCUGGGCCCCUGGGCCGUCAGCCUGGCGCUGUCCGUGGGGAUCUUCCCCUACGUGUUGAAGCUGCUCCAGAGCUCGGCCCGGGAGCUGAGGCCGCUGCUCGUCUUCAUCUGGGCCAAAAUCCUGGCCGUGGACAGCUCGUGUCAAGCUGACCUGGUGAAAGACAACGGACACAAGUACUUCCUGUCAGUGUUGGCUGAUAAUUACAUGCCUGCAGAGCAUCGAACCAUGGCCGUCUUCAUAUUGGCAGUGAUCGUCAACAGCUACAACACAGGGCAGGAGGCCUGUCUACAGGGGAACCUCAUCGCCAACUGCCUGGAGCAGCUGUCGGACCCCCACCCGCUGCUCCGUCAGUGGGUGGCCAUUUGUCUGGGUCGCAUCUGGCAGAACUUCGACCCGGCGCGCUGGUGCGGCGUUCGGGACAGCGCCCACGAGAAGCUGUACACCCUGCUGUCGGACCCCAUCCCCGAGGUCCGCUGUGCGGCCGUCUUCGCUCUGGGGACGUUUGUGGGAAACUCGGCGGAGAGGACGGAUCACUCCACCACCAUCGACCACAACGUGGCCAUGAUGCUCGCCCAGCUCAUCAAUGACGGCAGCCCGGUGGUCCGCAAGGAGCUGGUGGUCGCUCUGAGUCACCUGGUGGUCCAGUACGAGAGCAACUUCUGCACAGUCGCCCUCCAGUUCAUCGAAGAGGAGAAGAACUACACCGUCCCGUCGCCGGCCAACACUGCAGAGCCGGGGAACCUGACUCCGGUGAGGGACAGCCCGGCCAUCCCUCGCCUCCGCUCGGUCAACUCCUACACCAACAUCCGAGCCGUGACCACGGCCCGCAACCUGAACAAGAGCCUGCAGAACCUGAACCUCAACGAGGAGGGCGGUCCGGCCGCCUUCUCCCCGGGGAACCUGAGCACCAGCAGCAGCGCCAGCAGCACCCUGGGAAGCCCCGACAACGACGAGUACAUCCUGUCCUUCGAGACCAUCGACAAGAUGCGCCGGGUGUCGUCGUACUCGUCCCUCAACUCCCUCAUAGGCGUGUCCUUCAACAGCGUCUACACUCAGAUCUGGAGAGUCCUGCUCCAUCUGGCUGCAGAUCCGUUUCCUGAAGUCUCCGAUCUGGCCAUGAAGGUCCUCAACAGCAUCGCAUACAAGGCCACCGUGAACGCCCGGCCUCAGAGGAUCCUCGACUCGGGGUCGCUCACUCAGUCAGCGCCGGCCAGCCCCACCAGCAAGGGAACACACAUCCACCAGGCCGGCGGCUCUCCGCCCAUGCCCAGCACCAGCAGCUCCAGUCUGACCAACGACGUCCCCAAGCCGCCGGCCCGAGAGCCGCCGGCCGCCCGGCCGCCCUACACCCCCACGCUGGGGGGGCAGGCGCCCCACUCCCACCAGUUCCCCCGCACCCGCAAGAUGUUCGACAAGGGCCCGGAGCAGGCGGCCGACGACGGCGACGAGGCCGGAGCGCACAGGAACUACAUCAGCGCCGCCCUGCAGACCGGGCUGUGCGACUGGAGCGCCAAGUACUUCGCCCAGCCCGUCAUGAAGAUCCCGGAGGAGCAUGACCUGGAGAGCCAGGUGAGGAUGGAGCGCCAGUGGAGGUUCCUGCGGAACGCCCGAGUGCGGCGGCACAGCCGGAGCAUCACUCAGCGAGGCGUUUCCCGUCUGGACGAUCAGAUCUUCAUCAACCGGAACCCCGGAGUGCCGUCUGUGGUCAAGUUCCACCCCUUCAACACCUGCAUCGCCGUGGCCGACAAGGACAGCAUCUGUUUCUGGGACUGGGAGAAGGGCGAGCGGUUGGACUACUUCUACAACGGGAAUCCUCGUUACACUCGGAUCACUUCCAUGGAGUACCUGAACGGACACGACUGCUCGCUGCUGCUCACGGCCACAGAUGACGGCGCGCUGCGGAUCUGGAAGAACUUUGCGGACCAGAAGAACCCGGAGAUGGUGACGGCGUGGCAGGGCCUGUCCGACAUGCUGCCCACCACCCGAGGUCAGGCCUCCACCAGCACCCACAGUCUGGCCAGACGGGUCUCCAUCUAUCUUGACAGAAGUAAGCAAGGAGGAGCCGGGAUGGUGGUGGACUGGGAGCAGGAGACGGGGCUCCUCAUGACCUCUGGGGACGUCCGGGUCAUCAGGAUCUGGGACACAGACAGAGAGAUGAAGGUCCAGGACAUCCCGACCGGGGCGGACAGCUGCGUGACCAGCCUGUCCUGCGACUCCCAGCGCUCGCUCAUCGUGGCCGGACUGGGGGACGGGUCGGUCCGGGUGUUCGACCGCAGGAUGGGGCCCAACGACUGCCGGGUGAUGACCUACAGGGAGCACGGCGCCUGGGUGGUCAAAGCCCACCUCCAGAAGGAGACGGACGGCUGCAUCAUCAGCGUCAGCGUGAACGGAGACGUGCGCUUCUUCGAGCCGCGGACGCCGGACUCCGUCAACGUGCUGCAGACGGUCAAGGGCCUGACGGCGCUGGACAUCCACCCGCAGGCCAACCUGUUCGCCUGCGGCUCCAUGAACCAGUUCAUCGCCGUCUACAACGCCAGCGGCGACGUGAUCAGCAACAUCAAGUACUACGACGGCUUCAUGGGCCAGAGGAUCGGCGCCAUCAGCUGCCUGGCCUUCCAUCCUCACUGGCCCCACCUGGCCGUCGGCAGCAACGACUACUACAUGUCCAUCUAUUCAGCGGAGAAGAGGCUCAGAUAACACACCAGCAUCCCCCCCACACACACACACACAGUCACUCUCUCUCUCUCUCGACCCCGGCCUCCAGCCGGCUGUAAAUGACCUGUUUUCUUGUACAUAAGCAGUUAUCACCCUGAAUGUUCUCGUGACGGCUGCUGACGAAGCCCCUCCCCCCCUCCCUCUCUCUAUAUCUAUAGAUCUGUAGCUCUAUAGAGCUAUAUGUAUAGAAGGACGAGGGCAUCCGUGUUUAUUCUGAAGCUGAUGAUUGUAGACUUGGCUGUGCUGAGACCUGUGUAUAUUUAAAUAGUCCAGAGGAAGAGAGGCUCUAUUUUAAAGAAGAAGAAGGAGGCUUCUCUGCGUCACUACCUGAACGCAACACACACACACACACACACACACACACACACACACACACACACACACACACAGAUUAUCAGACUGUAACCAGGACAGCUGGAUUAUCGGGUUUGUUUUGGGAGUUUUGUGUGUUUAAAACAGAUAAGAGCAGAUUUUCCUCACAGGAGGCGUCUCUCUGCCUUCAUGAUGCCCUGCUCCUCCUCCUGCUCCUCCUGCUCCUCCUCCUGCUCCUCCACCUCCUCUUCCUCCUCCACCUCCUCUUCCUCCUCCUGCUCCUCCUCCUGCUCCUCCACCUCCUCUUCCUCCUCCUGCUCCUCCACCUCCUCCUCCUGCUCCUCGUCCUGCUCCUCCACCUCCUCUUCCUCCUCCACCUCCUCUUCCUCCUCCUUCUCCUCCUCCUCCUCCUCUUCCUCCCAGCAUCCUCUCUUCGCGUGUUCAUUUCAGCCUGAGGGAGGGAAACGAUCCUCUGCAGACAGCAGCACCUGCUCCACCUGCUCCCACCUCCACCCACCCUUAUUCAUCACCAGAUGCCUCCGAAACAAAUUCAACAUUGGAUUCGCUGUUUUUCAUCAGUUUACACAUUUUUAUUUAUUUCAUUUAAACUUUAUUCUAGUUUUUUUUAAAUAUAAUUUUAGCUUGAAAACAAAGGAAAUAGUUUCAGAAAAUCUGAUUUCUCCUUUUUUCUCACCAGAACCAAAAUGAUCUCAGUCAAAGUGAGAAAACAGAGUUUUUAAGUUGCCGGAAGUAGAAACUGUGGAGGAGCUAACCCCCCCCCCAUUUAUAAACUUUCUUCAGCUGCAGACUUCCUCUUUCUCUUUUAUUAGUUUGUGCUUCUUUUUUUUAACUCUCCAUGUGGAGUUUCGGGCUUUAAUUUGCUGUUUUUGCGUCUUUUAUUUUGGAGGGGUGUGGUCUGCGCUCUGCAUGCUACCAUGGUGAUCGUGGGUGCAGCGAGCCCCUCCGCCCAGCCUACAGGCCUGUAAAGGUCUCUGUCUUCACCGCACCUCAUUCACUUUGCCCUGAGUGUUGCCUGGCAGGCUGAGCCUGGUUUGACCUGCUUCCUGUCGGCUCGGAGUGAUGGGGGGUUUAGCCCGGCGCCCGUGAGCCUGCCAGUCCCAGUCGAGGGCCAAGGAAGCCCACCUCACUCAGGAGGACAUUUACAGUUCUUUGCAGCACACACACACACACACACACACACACACACACACACACACACACAGUAAAACACACUUGGAAACCUUUCUGUGCACAAACAGGUGUUACUACACAUCAUGACUCACAGGAGUCUGUGACCUCCGACCCCGCCGGUCGAUCCUGGAAACCUUCCUGGUCCUCACUGUCGCCCUCGAUGUGCCUGGUUCUGCAGCCUUAACUGGUUCUGUCAUGUUGUUUCCUCUCGGUUCUCAUGCUUUUUUAAUCUUUUAUUUUUGCAUUUAAUUUUAUUUUUGCAAUUAAUUUCCUCCUGUUCCCACAACCUCCACCCACCGAUGUUUUUGCCUCUUUUUUUCCCCCCCAAAAGUUGUGGACUGAAAAUGAACUGAAACACACAGACACACACACACAUACACACACACACA